ACAAACAUUCGGGAGACGUAUGGACAUUGAAAUGGCAAAUGCGCAUGACGAUGACGUGUAUUCGAACUUAGACUUAGACUUAGGAAUUGACUCAUUAAUUCCAGCAGCAGAAGUAUCACACAUACCCUCACCAGGCUUGCAAGCAGUAGAGGGAUCUAACAUACCUGUAUUAGAACCUGCAACGGAGCCAGCAGGAUCAAUGUCGAAAGCCCUUGUAGUGUACUCAGACGAUGAGAUAGAUGAUGAAAACGGCGAAGAGAUCAAGGACGCUGAUACUGACAAGCCUGCUACGAAGACUAAGUCCGCACCUACAAAGAAGACUAAGGCCCCCGCUAAGGAAACUACUGGUACUAAGGCCCCCGCUAAGAAGACUCUUUGUAUGAAGGCCCCUGCUAAGAAGACUACUGGUACUAAGGUCCCUGCUAAGAAAACAUCUGAUACUAAGGCACCUGCUAAAAAGACUGCAAAAGAACCUGUGGCCACAAACGUACCUGUAUCUGCACAUCAAGCGGUAGAAGUGCCAGUGUCAACCACUGCAACCAAAGAAGUCGAAGUGCCAGCAGCCGCUGCAACCAAAGAAGUCGAAGUGCCAGCAGCCGCUGCAACCAAAGAAGUAGAAGUGUCAACAACCACUGCACGUACAUUCACACCGUUCACAUAUGGUGCAGGUUUUACACAAGUCCAAUCACCACAACAUGCACGGCCACCACAACAUGUACGGCCACCACAACAUGUACAUCCACUGUCACGACAUGUACAGCCAUCGUCUGUCCAUCCACUGUCACAACAUAUACAGUCACCACAACAUGUACCACCACAACAUGUACAGCCAUCACAACAUGUAUCACCACCACAACAUGUAUAG